AUGUUUUUUUUUGCAUGUGAUUUCCUUCUUGAUGGAUUUUUUUCAUCGAAUGAAGAUAUUCUUGUUCCAGUAAAACAAUCUCCAUCACAUACUUAUCUUUCAUUAAUUUCAUCAACACAAGCUUUUUUAACAAAUUCUAAACAUAUUGAAGCAUUUCUUCCUAUACCUCUUGUUCCUUUUACUAUUGGAAAACAUAAUUUUUUUAAAGUUUUAAAAGAACAUCAAUGGAUUGAAGAAAUUGAUAAUGAAACAAUUUUAUUUAAAAUUCAUCAAUCGAUUUUUUUAUUGAAUGAAUUUAUUGAAUUACUUCAUUGGUUAUGUAAAUAUGAUAUAGAUAAUAAUGAUAAAUCUUAUAUAGAGCGUGUUCUUUCAAAAAUCCAUUAUCGUGAAACUCAUCAAUCAUGUAUUAUUAAAUUAGAAAAUAUUACAUUUUAUCAUACUUUAAAUAUAUGUUCUCUUCCAUUGCCAUCCAAUGUAUUACCAUCGAAUAUAGUUGGUCAUAUAUCUCGUGAAAAUUUACAAACACGAUUAUCAUUAUCAGCAAUAUCACCAAAGAAUUUAGUUGAAUAUUAUUUCAAUGAAAAUCAACAACAACUUUUUCAUAAUGAAAAUACAUCUAAAAUUCUUCUUAGUUUUAUUUGUCAAUAUUGGAAUCAAUUUAAUGAUAUUGAAAUAAAUAAAAUAAAAAAUAGUUUAUCUCAUAUGAAAUGUAUUCCAACAAGUCAAGGUAUGAAAUCACCGAAUGAAUCAUAUAUUCGAUCAUUAAAUUUAUCUCCUGAUUUACCUAUAAUUACACUUUAUAUUCCAUCACUUGAGAAAUCUAAUAACCAAGAAGAAAAACAAGAAUCAAUAGAUUAUUCAGUAUCUAUUGAUUUUCUUAGAUCAAUCGGUUGUCGAACAAUUUUUAUAUCAACAUUAACAAAUACUUGUCAUAUUGAAUCAAAUAUUUCAACAAACAAUUCACAAAUACUUGAACAUUUUAUUCAAGAUUUAUUAAAACAACGUAAACAUAUGAGUGACAAUGAUUUUCAUGCAUUAAAACAUAAUCAAUCUAUUACAGGAACAACGUUAAAGUCGAAUAAUGAAAUGAAACAUAAAUAUAAACCAAGUGAUCUUCAUUUUCCAUCAGUAGCAAUUCGUCUUCAAUGGAACGAAUUACCCAUAAUUGAUUGGAUAGAUAUUGAUCCAUAUUCACAAGAAUAUUCUUUUCUUAGAGAACUUGGUAUAAGAGAAGUACCAGAUUUAUAUGAAUUAUUGAAUCGAAUUGAUCAAGAACAUCAAUAUGGAUCAAAAAAAAUAUCCAAUUAUCAAUUACCAAAAUCACUUAUAUUUUUUGCAGAAAAUUUUCAAGAACAUUAUUCCAAAGUAUGGAAAAAGUCAGAUAUUGAAAAAUUUUUUCUUCCAUCAUCUACUUAUUAUGUCAAUCAUUCAACAAAAGUUAUAUUAAGAACACCUGAAAUUAUUUUUCAAGAACCAAAUCCAAUAUUUCCAUGUUUGCUUCCUGAUGUACUUCGAUAUUUUUCACAAUAUUUUAAUAUUAGUUUACUUGGUGUUGAAAAAAAUCCUUCCUUACCCAUAGCUUUUAAUAUACUAAUGAAAAAAAGAAAUCAAUUAUUAACGUAUCAAACUGCUGCAAUAUAUUUUGCUUAUUUUAAUACGUUAGAUGGUCUGAAUACAACAUUUAUUCAAAAUAUUUCAAAUAUUUCAUUUAUUCCUCUAUCAGAAAACAAUAUCUAUUGUAAACCAUCACAAGUAUUUAUUCGUUCAAAAAGUUCAACAACCGAUAAAAUAUCUCAAGAUAAUAAUAAUAAUAAUAAUGUAUUCGAUGAUGAAAUAGCACGUGGUCUUAUUGAUUAUAUAGAUUAUAGUGAUGAGGCUAAUUCAUUUCUUCUUAAUAUUGGAGUUCGUCACUUUCCAUCAGCAGAAAAUCUUGCUGAUUUACUUAUUGAUCGACAAGAAAUAUAUUUUAAGCGAAAUGAAGAUACGAGCGAUCAAGUUCUAUCAGCUAAAGUACGUUUUUAUACAAAUUGUUUAAUGCAAUUAUCGAUUGUAUCAAAUACAACACAACAAUUAUAUGUUGAACCAUUACAUAGUCGUUUAAUUAAUAAACCAUGGUGUUUAGCUUAUCAAAUUCCGGAAGGAUCCAAUGGAAUUAAAUAUCAAGAAUUUAAAAUUACGAAACCAAGUGAUAUUUAUUUAGAUGAUGAUAAUCAAUAUGCUAUUAAACUUCGACCAUUAUGUGCACCUGAAGAAAAGCAAUUAAUUCAAUUAUAUAAAAAAUUUGGUGCAAAAUGGAUAUCCGAUUGUGUUGAACGAACUUUAAUAAAUCUAGGAAAAAAAAUUAUAACGGAUAGAAGUAAAGAAUUACAUAAUCGAAUUCUUCAUCGUUUAGAUAUGUUAUUUGUUAAUAAUAGAGGAGAAUUUCUGGAACAAACUGAUUUAAAACGUUUGGAGUUAUUACGAAAGCAACUCUCUGUUUAUGAAACUGAAGAUAUUCUGUGGCAAUUAAAAUUACAAAAUAAAACAAUCACAUUAAAUCCUAUAGAAUAUAGUUCAUGUGCACUUGAACAUAAAGAAACUAAAGUAUAUUUAUACAUUCACAAAGAUAUUUCUACUCUUGAUUACAUUGAUAUUGCUACUGAAUUAAUGAGAUUUGUCUGUAAAAAAUCAGUAGAUACAUUAGUUCAUUCAAUCAGUGAUAAACUUACUUCACCAUUAGAAACACUUAAACGACGGGGAAUACCUGUUGAUCGAUUAUUGAAAAGUCCAGAACAACAACCGGUUAAGUUAUUAUUACAAGCUGAGAAAACAAAAUCAAAUAUUGCACAUACAGUUGAAAUAAAUCGUAUUGAUCAUUUUGGACGGUAUAAAUCAGAAGAUGAUGCUGCUAUAAACACAAUGAUUCGAGCAAGUCGAUCAUAUUCUCAACAAGAAUUCAAUCAACAAGAACAUUUAAUAAAUGAAAAUAAUACAUCAUGUGAAUGUGUUCCGGCUGCAAAUAUGAUUCGUUAUGAUAAACUUCUUCAUGAAAUUCCUCUUUAUAUUGAUCAAAAUCUAAAAUUAACAAGUGUUUUGAUUCAACAAGCUACACAUCUUGCUUGGUUAUUAUCUGGUCUUGCAAAACAAGUAUUUAAUAUACCUGUAGAAACAAUGCAUUUAUUUCGUGAUAUUGAUAGUGUUAUAAAGAUUUUAUAUAAUCAAAGUCAAGGUGUAUCAUUUUUUUUUGUUUUAGCUCGUAUUGCUUUCAACAGUAAUGGCGCAUUAUUUUUCAAUCUCCGUUAUUUUGAACAAGUCUUUUUCGAUGAUCUAAAAUCUUAUCUGAAAAAUUCUAAAUUAUCAUCAUCAUCAACUCCUAUUGUUCGUACAAUCAUUAAUUUUUAUUUUAUGGUUACUUGUCAUGAGUUAUCACAUAAUAUUGAUUUAAAUCAUGAUUUAAAUUUUAUAAAGCGUUUUGAAAAGAUUUCUGUUCGAUUUAUGGAUGCAAAAGAUGUAUUUCUAUCCAAGUUCUCUUUUCAAUAA